AUGCAUGCUGAACAUAAAGAAACGAGAAAACCUCGCCAUAAAUUUACUGAGGAAGAAGAUAAACUUAUUAGACAACAAAUUGCAGCCGUUGGAGAAGGAAAUUGGACUCUUAUUGCAAAAGUUGUUCCUGGUCGAACUGCUCGCCAGUGUCGCGAGAGAUGGAUCAAUUACCUAUCGCCAAACGUUGCAAAUACGCCAUGGACAGAAGAAGAAGAUAGAAUGCUUGAAAAUUUAGUCGAAACACUUGGAACGAAAUGGUGCGUUAUUGCAAAGCAGUUUCCAAGGAGGACGGAUGUACUUAUCAAAAAUCGUUGGUCAUUACUUAAUAGAAGGAAAAUUAAAAAACAAAAAAAAAUUAAAUCAGAACCUCCGUUAUCUAAAGCAAUCCCUCCUCCCCCUCCAGAGAAUAGACCAGAACCGCCUGUUAAAACAAGCCAAACACAAUUUAGUAUUUCAUCUCUUAUAUCAGUUCCUCAAUCAAAUCUUGUUUCAUCGAUUCCUCCACUUCUCCCAAAAACAAAAACAAAAGCGGCUCAUGUAUCAGUUGAAAUGCCAAUAUCCUUUCCAAAAUCACUCAUUUUAAGGCCUGUCAUCUGGUUCUAA